CAGAGAUGCGAGAGAGGACCUCGGCAGUGGAGGGCCCAGUCCUCUGGGAACAGGGGAUGGAGGGCUUCAGGCUGCUGUCCUUGGUUCCGGGAACUGAGAUGUCCCCUCCACAGGCACACAAGUCUACUUCAUAGAUGUGAUCCAGUGUGAUCCAGUGGAGGCCCACUCCAAAAUAUCUAGAGCUGAGAAAAGAGAUUUUUACAGACCACCAAGGCACUGAUGUUUGAACUGAAAGCUUCAAAACGUUUAAAAGAACCUUCAGGAUGGCUUUGAACUAGACAGCUAGAAAUUCCUUCAGUACACUGCCUCUAGCGCACAUCUCCCCCAUGGGGCUUUCCUGGAGAGGAGUUUGAAGACAGCCACACGGAUGCUCAUGGACCCAGGCUAAUGGAUUUGACUUUUCUGCUCGGCUUCUUUUUAUUAUUCUCUCUCAGAUUGUAAGAGGCAUAGAGGUGUUAAUGAAACUGAAGGCCUGCAAGGAAGGGAAGUAGCACUUUCAUGCCGAAUGAAAACUAAGCAAGUGGCAGUUGUGACUGAAAACACUUAAACCUACCACAUCCAGAUUCACUGGAUUGGGGCACAGGGGAACGGUCACAGCUGGGGAGAAAGAAGUGACACUGGCAACAAAACCUAAAUAAAGAGAAUGAGGACGACUGAAAAGUAGAUGGCCACCUCCACUUCCACAGAGACAAAGUCAGCCUCCUGGUUGAAUUAUUUUUUUCUCUAUGAUGGCUCCAAGGUAAAGGAAGAAGGAGAUCCAACAAGAGCUGGCAUUUGUUAUUUUUAUCCUUCCCAGACCCUGCUUGACCACCAGGAGUUGCUUUGUGGACAGAUUGCUGGAGUUGUCUGCUGCAUUUCUGACAUUUCUGACUCUCCUCCCACUCUCAUUCGUCUCAGGAAACUGAAGUUUGCCAUAAAGGUUGAUGGAGAUUACCUUUGGGGGCUGGGCUGUGCUGUGGAGCUUCCUGAUGUCAGCUGCCAGCAGUUUCUGGAUCAGCUCAUUGGAUUCUUUAAUUUUUACAAUGGACCCAUUUCUCUGGCUUACGAGAACCGCUCUCAGGAGGAAUUGAGCAUGGAGUGGGACACCUUCAUUGAACAAAUUCUGAAAAACACCAGUGAUCUGCAUAAGAUAUUCAAUUCUCUCUGGAACUUGGACCGAACUAAAGUGGAGCCCCUGCUGCUGCUGAAAGCAGCCCUCAUUCUGCAGACCUGCCAGCGUGCGCCCCAUGUCCUCGCUGGCUGCAUCCUCUACAAAGGACUGAUUGUCAGCACACAGCUCCCACCCUCCCUUACUGCCAAGGUCCUACUCCACCGAGCUGUACCUCAGGAUCAGAGACUCCCUACAGGAGAGAAUGCCCCACUGGAACGUGGAGCACUGUUUCCCCCGAACGUCCAAAUCAUCCCUGUUUUUGUGACUGAAGAGGAAGCCGCCAGUCUCUAUGAGUUCCCGGUGGAGCAGACGCCUAGCUUCCCUGCAUCUCCAGCCGGACUCCAGGAAAGCUCGGCCCAGCACCCUCCUAAGGGCGGGAGUACAUCUGUCCUGGAAGAAAAUGCUACCGGGCAUAUGGAAUCCAUGGCCUGGACAUUGGCCACCACCCAGGGGCUCACAUCCCCUGACGAAGCUUGGCCAAGUGGCAAGGGGGAGAAUGGACACUUGUCUGGCUAUGAUCUGGAGAGCCACGGGCCUGUAGGACUGCACAACACUGCCUGGGACAAGAGUCCUGGCCUCAGUUACUCCCUGGUGAAGGAACCAGCUUUUCCAAAAGAGGACCUGGAUUUGUCUGAAAUUCACAUUCCAGAAGCUCAGGAAGUUGGAAUAUCCUCAGAUCCUUUUGUCUUCCCACAUGUGUGUGUCCCACAUGACAGUGAUCCUUGCUGCAAGGGAUCUGUCAGUGACUCCAGUAGCCUGGAUCUCAUGCUGCCUGAGAACUCAGCCAUCAGCAGCACACUUUCUCCCUCUGCUCCUGAGAUGCUCACCCAGAACAGGGCCCCGGAACAGUGCAAAGACCUUCCUGGCAACAGCAGCCAAGCUCCCGUCCCCGGAGGAGACUCUCUCCCCAGAAGGACCAGCAAGCCCUUGUCAUCGCCCUGCUUAGAUCCAGAGCAGAGAGGAAAUAGGCUUCCUGUUGGGGAGCAAAGCAUGGGUCAGUGUGUUGAUGGAGUCUGUGAGAGCCACGUAGCCCCUCAUCUGGACUACAGUUCGGGCUCGGCCAACUCUCAGGGUGCCAGCCUCUCUGCUGACGGGACAGACUCCAGGCAGACCCCAGCAGAGUCCCAGGUGGGACUCGUACAGAUGAGCCUCUACACGCACAGUGUUAAAGGGCUGGUGCUGUCACUGCUGGCCGAGGACCCGUUGCUGGGAGACAGCGCAGCCACAGAGGAGGUGUACCACAGCAGCUUGGCGUCCCUGAAUGGGCUGGAAGUUCAUCUGAAAGAGACGCUCCCCAGGGAUGAGGCUGCCACCAAGAGCAGCGGCUACAACUUCAUGCAUUACGACCGCAUUCAGAGCGUGCUGACGGCAAACCUGCCACAGGUGGCCACCCCACAGGAUCGCCGCUUCCUCCAAGCCGUCAGCCUGAUGCAUUCUGAGUUUGCCCAGCUGCCCGCAUUGUAUGAAAUGACUGUCAGGUAAGUCUCCCAGGGUUGCUGUCACAGACCUGUUCUCCACAAUCCCACUUACAGGAACCGCUGAGCCAGGGCUGUCUCUUAUGCCCAACUAGGUGAAGAAUGUUCUAGCUACUUUACUCAAGGCCUUCCUGUAGCUACUUCUGUUGCUUCCACUCUCAUG